AUGAGCUACUACGGCAGCUACUACGGAGGCCUGGGCUACGGCUGUGGAGGCUUCGGAGGCCUGGGCUACGGCUACGGCUGUGGCUUCCCCAGGCUGGGCUACGGCUGUGGCUAUGGAGGCUACGGGUUCGGGUCUGGGUACGGAGGCUACGGUUACGGCUGCUGCCGCCCAUCCUGCUACGGAAGAUACUGGUCUUCUGGCUUCUAUUGA